AGAAAACUCAACAUUAACACCAGUCAGACUUCUUUCCCAGACGUUGGUGUUGGUGUCGGGAUUUACAGUCGAUGACUUGAGGUAACAAAAUGGACCCGACUCACAAUUCAACACACACGAAUAGCAACGCUGGCACCAAUACGGGCGCCCUCAUCCUGAGCCUUGUCUUUCUCUUGGGCUUCCCUGGCAACCUCUUCAUCAUCUGGAGCGUCCUGGCACGUGCCCGACGGCAUUCGGUCACCACCCUCCUCAUCCUCAACCUGGCUAUCGCUGACGGCUCUCUGAUGGCCCUCACCCCGUUCUUUGUCGUCUACCUGAUUUUGAAGAAGUGGGUGUUUGGGAGGGCGAUGUGCAAGAUCCUCUUCUACCUUUGUUUGGUCAACAUGUACGCGUCCAUCCAGCUCAUCAUGCUGAUGAGCAUCUACAGGCUGGUGGCAGUGCUGUGGCCGCAGCGGGUCAGCAUCAUCACCGGCCGCAAGACAGUGUUGCGUGUGCUGGCGGUGCUGUGGGUGAUGGUGAUGGUCGCCUCCAUUCCUGCUGUGAUCUUCAGAGAUGUGAAGAAUGGGACUAACGUGUGUGAACCGGCCCAUGUUCACCCCACCAGCGAUGUGGUCCUCCAGUACAUGCUGGAGCUUGUGAUCGGGUUUUUGAUUCCAUACGUGGUCAUUGUAGUCAGCUACAUCUGCAUCUUACGGCGGCUCCGACAGACCAAGUUCCGCCGUCGCAUUCGUAGCGAGAAGCUCAUCCUGGCCAUCGUGUUGACCUUCUGCCUCUUUUGGUUGCCCUACCACCUCAUCAACAUGGUGCAAGUUACGUCGGCUCUAUAUCCAGAAGGAAAUUCAGUAAAAAAAAUCCUGGAUAAAAUAUGGCACCAUAGCCGACCUGUCACCUCGGCCAUAGCCUUCAUCAGCAGCUGUGCCAACCCAGUGCUCUACUUCUUCGCAGGAAAGUCGUACAUCCGGCGAGAAGGGCUGGCGUUCAUGGCUCGCUUGUUCGAGGGCACGGGGCUGGACUCGGCUACCAGGAAGAGCCGGCAGCACAGCCAGAACAGCCGCGACAAAGACAAAGACGCAGAUGCCGUCAUGCUAAAGGACAAAGAUCAAGACUCUGUUGCCAACUCGAACUCUAAUACCAAACCAGUGAAGAAUGGUAAGUAGAGGACACAAGAUUCUGCAGGCUGGAAGCUGGUGUUGUUCCCCCAGGGGGGUCAAAUUAAGCCACUGAGGCCUUUAAAUCGCCGUCCAGUGGCAAAAACGUCAUCUGGGUUCAACGUGCAUGGCUGGUUCCCGCCAAUCAAGAAAACGUAAAUCCUUCUUCCGAAUGACAUAAAGUUUGAAAGGGAUGUCACUGGACAUACUGAUCCUGGAACAGCUGGCAGCCUGAUGCAUCCUAAAUUGGCAAUAUUAAUUUGCUUGCUCCGCUCUGAACUAUUUCAUACGGAAGAACUGUGGAGUAUUAUCCAGGACCCAGGCGGUGCCUUAUGAAUCUUUUUUUGCAAGAUUUUUCUCUGUCAUUUUGUUAAUGCAAUGUUUUAUUUGUCAACUUGCCUGACUAAAGCACUGAAAUGAAAAGUGAAAAUUGAUAUACCUCAGUGACGAGUACAAAUUGAGAGCGCGGGUUCGACGGAGGCACUUGACUUUUUUUAAUAAUAUUCGCACUGAUAUGUUUGCUUUGCUUCUCUCUCACAUCUGUUGGUUUGUUUUAAAAGCUGCAUGAAUCAUGUUUUUUGGCCACACGAGGGCAGUGGAUCAAGCUGUAAAAACAAUUUCGCCAUACCAUGGCCAUAUAAAGUUGAUACGGUGAACGUGUUGGUGACAAACAGAGAGCAUUAUUUGCAUUCAUUUGGACUCGUGUGUCUGGCCACCUGAUGAAUGUAAAUCCAAUAUUCACUCUCCUUUCAGCUCUGCGUAGAGCUGAUGGGAACUGCAGAGUUGGAUGACGGUUUUGUCACGAUGACGGUUUGUCAUUUGAUUUAUCGUCGAUACGAAAAUAUUGAUUAGUGCAGCUUUGAAGAGAAGACCCUAAACUGGCAUGUUUUGAUAUCUUACUGUGAGCAUGCUCAGUAAAAAAGAUGAAAUAUGGAAAUAUACAAAAUGAAGUGAAGCUUCUUUUUUUUUUUCCUCAGACUCUGAGACAUGUUCCAACUUUGUUAUGCAAUUCGUGUCAUGUGGAAUGAGGAAUACGCUGCAAAUCUGAAGUCUGGUGCAAGCGGGCAGACAGACAACAGAGAUAAGAUGCAACACUCGUGUAUCAACAAGAUCCUGACAGUUUAC